AGCAAAACUCGCUCGCCUUCUUCCUAGUCCGUCGAUAAAAACAAAGUGAUGCAGUGGUGAAAAGUUUAGUGUUGGAGAAUUUACCAAACCGGAAUCUUCUUGGGAAGUAGUGAUUCUCAUAUUAGGAAUCCAACAAUGUUCGGUUCACCACAGUCCGAGUGGACACGAACGUUCGCCAGCAUCAAGGCGGCCCACGAUGACGCCUACCGUAUCAUCGAGCGGGCCAUCAAAUUCGAGGAACGGGAACGACCCGACUUGGCCCUGAAGGACUACAAGGACGGUAUACGGACCAUUGAUGAAGCGUUGACAAUCCCGGUGGAAAUUCCGGACAACUUCCAGAAGGAUGAAAGCUGGAACAAGGCUGUUAAGAUGAUUCACAAGAUGAAGUGUACCCGCGGAGAGGUGUUGCAGCGGAUUGGGCAGAUUGGUAGCACGAUGGAUCAGCAGGAAGCGGAAGCAACCAAGAAUGGAAACUUGGCGGCUGGUGGAAGUGGCGAUACGUUGAGACCUAGAACCUAUACGGAGCUGGCGCAGGCUUUGAGGGAAAUGCAGUGCAGCAGCGAUCAGAUCGGGGCGCAGAAUAGUUUGGAAUUGCUCUUUUCCUGCGAUGGGGUGAAAAUGUACUACAUCGAACCGGAUGGAGUGGUGUCGAGAACUUUGGAAGAUUCCACCCUGAGAAUCGUGCGUAUUGAAAAGGACGACGUCAAGAAGCUGGAGAGUACCGUUUUCCUGCAGAUCAUUCCAACAUCGGUUUCCACAAGGAUAGAAAACGCAGAGGAGUCGUUGGACCAAGCAGUGGAAGCGGUGGAAGGCGUCGUUGUCGUCAGCCCUGUUGAAGAAUAUCAUGCAGUGGAUCCUUCCUUCAUCUACCCACUGAUUCCGGGAGUGUCGCCGUGCUACAGGACCGAGUAUGGAGCAUUCAUUAUUCCGGAUCUGACAACAGACUACGGAAGAACCAUUGGAUUAGUUGUUCCUCCCGAUGCGGAUGAUAUCGUGUUGGAAAUCUUCAUCGCUUUCCUUCACGGGAUUGUCACCCAAGGUGGAGCGGUUCGUUUCGGAGUUUCACGUGAGAAACGGAGCACAAGUGCCACCGUUUCGGCCAACAUCAUCAAAGGAGCUUUUUACAUGUCCCAGGGACUGGUCAAAGGGGCCGAGAAAACAGGGGAGUUCAUUUCCUACAGCACCCCUUAUCUAAUCUCGAAAAUUCGGAAAUCUCCCGAGGAAGCCCCUGCUCAAGUUCCUAGCAACGUCAAAACGGGUAUCGAAAUAGCUAAAUCUGUUACCGGUACGGCGGUGAACGUUACCAGUUACGUUGCGGGAAAAGUCGGAAGUGCUACCAUGGCCCUGGGCCGGUUUCUGGCUCCCCACAUUCAAAAACAUGGCUCCGAUCUUCUAUCGUACAGUACCGGCAUAAGUGCGGAGGAUGCCUCGGAGAAAGUUCACGGUGCACUGACCAUUUGCGCCGGAGCAGUCGAAGGCUUCGGAACUGUUUAUUCCGGAUUGGAAAAGUCGGCAUCCAUCCUGGGCGGUAGCUUGAGCAAUAGUACCGUGCAAAUUGUACAGCACAAGUACGGACCGGACGCCGGGCAGGUGGUGGGCAGCUCACUGGAUACGGUGGGUAACGUAAUAAACGUGAGCCAUAAUAUGAACUACAUUACUCCGAAGGGAAUCGCCAAGCGGACCGCGAAGAAUGCAGGGAAAGCGCUGGUCGCCGGUUAUAGGCCUGCAAUUCCGGAGGUGGACGGUGCCGCAGCUGGAGAAGGACCGUCCACUAGUGGAGUGGUUACAUCGCAGCAACGCGUUGUACCGGCGGCGGUUUUGUACCCGGAUCUAUCCGGAUUGGCGAAGGAGGUUCAAAAGGCGGGUAAAAUGGAUGAUUGUUAGGUUAUGGGAAUAGCAUUGAUAGGAAUCUCAGAUUUAGAUAUUUUAGUGUGGACCUGAAAUGAAUCUCAUCUCCUCCAAUACAAUAAUUUUCCGAUAGUGGUAACCGUUGAUGCUGGAUAUCUUAAAAACUUAGAGAUACAUUGUUAUAGGGAACAACAAAUCCGAGCACUGGAUAUUUUUAGGAUUGUUGCAUUUUGAUCGAAUAGAAGAAGAGCUUUUAUAAUAAAGGUAGUUAUUUUAGCUACACGGUAACCGCAAAAUACUCAAUAAUUAAUAUAAAGUAUGCAUU